GUUAUCCUAUCUUCAAUAUCUAAAUGUCCCAUGACAUUUCUCAUCUUUUACUGGCUCACAAUAUUUCUUAUGAUCUUCACAGCUCAAGGCCUCAAAAACUUUGUAGACCAUCAGCUCACAAUUCUAAACAUGUAACUUCUGUUUAGUAUACCACUCUUUCCAUUUUCUGAUAUUGCAGAGUUCUAAAUUUGGAUAUGAUGGUGUAGCUGAGAAGAUGAUGGUGAAGACCUCAGUGCUUCAUCAACCUCAUUUGCUUGUUCAUCAUGAAGAUCACUCACAAGGCCAAGAAUCAAGAAGUUUGAAGUUGAGAGAGCAAGAAUGCAUGUCAUUGGCCAAGAAAUGCAGGAACUUGAGGGAAUUCAAGCAAGUGCAUUGUCAUGUAGUGAAGUUUGGCUUGUUUUUCAGCUCUCUUUGCUCAAGUAAUCUUCUUUUAACUUGUGCUCAAUCAUCUUGGGGUAGUAUGGACUAUGCAUGCUCAAUCUUUAAUCAAAUUGAUGAUCCGGGUUCUUUUGAGUUUAAUGUUAUGAUAAGAGGCUAUGUUAAAGAUUUGAACUUUGAUGAGGCUUUGUUUAUGUAUCAUGAAAUGCUUGAUAUGGAAGUUGAGCCGGAUAAUUUUACAUUUCCAUUUCUUUUGAAGGCAUGUGCGCGAUUGCGUGAUAUUAGGAAAGGGGUACAGAUUCAUGGGCAUGUGUUUAAGUUUGGAUUUGAAGAUGAUGUGUUUGUACAGAAUAGUUUGAUUAACUUUUAUGGGAAAUGUGAGGAAUUGAGGAAGUGUUGUUGUGUUUUUGAGAAAAUGGAGCAAAGAAGUGUUGCUUCUUGGAGUGCUCUUAUUGGAGCUCAUGCAAGAAAUGGUUUGUGGGCUGAGUGUGUUGGUAUUUUCGGGGACAUGAUCAGGGAAGGAUGUUUGAGACCUGAGGAGAGUAUAUUGGUUAGUGUGUUAUCUGCUUGUACCAAAUUGGGAAACUAUAAUUUGGGGCAAUGUAUUCACGGGAAUUUAAUUAGGAAUAUGAUUGGGCGCAAUGUUAUUGUUGAGACUUCACUAGUAGACAUGUAUCUGAAAUGUGGCUAUCCAGAAAAAGGGUUGUAUUUGUUUGAUAGUAUGGUUGAAAAGAACCAUUUGACAUACAGUGUAAUGAUCUCUGGUCUAGCCGCUCAUGGAUGUGGUGCAGAAGCUCUAAUGGUUUUCUCUAAUAUGCUCGAAGAAGGUCUGGAACCGGAUGAUGUCAUAUAUGUGAGUGUUUUAAGCGCGUGCGGUAAUGCUGGCCUUGUCGAGGAAGGCCUACAGCUUUUCAAUAGGAUGAAAAACGAUCAUAACAUAGAACCAACUAUUCAACACUAUGGGUGUUUGGUUGAUCUUUUGGGAAGAGCUGGGAGACUAGAUGAAGCUUUUGAGGUAAUCACGACCAUGCCAAUGGAGCCAAAUGAUGUUGUAUGGCGUAGCCUUCUUGGUGCUUGCAAGACUUAUUCAAAUAUCCAGAUGGGGGAAAUUGUAGCUGAAAAGCUGAUGCAAAUGAAGUCGAGAAAUGCUAGCGAUUACUUGGUUCUAUCACAUAUAUAUGCAGAAGCUCAGAGGUGGAAAGAUGUAGCUAUUACUCGCACAAAAAUGGCUGAAAGUGGAUUGAGUCAGACACCUGGAUUUAGCUUCGUUGAGGUGAAGAAGAAUAUCUACAAAUUUGUUUCACAAGACAUGACACGACCACAAUGUAACGGUGUCUAUGAUAUGCUACACCAGAUGGAGUGGCAGUUAAAAUUUGAAGGGUAUUCCGCAGACACUUCUCAGGUGUUGCUUGAUGUAGAUGAAGAGGAGAAAACGGAGAGAUUAAGUAGACAUAGUCAGAAGUUGGCAAUUGCCUUUGCAUUGAUACACACAUCAGAAGGAUCUCCUAUAAGAAUAUUAAGAAACUUAAAAAUGUGCAGCGAUUGUCACACAUACACCAAGUUCAUAUCCAGAGUUUUUGAACGAAGGAUUAUAGUUAGAGAUAGGAAUUUGUUCCACCAUUUUGAAGAUGGCAGCUGCUCAUGCAGAGAUUACUGAAGUUUGUCUCUUGCUAC